CUUCUUUUAUCAUUGUUUUGUCUUUUGGUUUUUUCCUAUUUCGUUUCCAGAAUUUGACUAACUGCUUUGCUUCCAGAAAGGCCAAGUUAGGCAGCCAUGACGAGGGGCUGGGUAAUGGCAUUUGAGUCCAACUACUGUGCUUCGUUGAACGCCGUCCAAGCGAAGAACCGACCGCGGUGGACGAAAUUAUCUAGCAGGUCGUAGAGGACGUUUUCCGUCAGAAAACGGUCCAACCCAAAACGAAUUUAGGAUGCUGACAAAGGAGUACCGUAUACCAAUGCCCAUAAGUGUUUCAGAGUACAAAAUAGGGCAGUUGUACAUGAUAGCGAAGCAUAGCAACGAGCAGUCUGCUGAAGGAGAAGGAGUUGAAGUUGUGGCUAAUGAUCCUCAUGAAGACCCUCAGCAUGGACCGGGACAGUAUACAGAAAAACGAAUAUACCUCUUCAGUCGUCUCCCACAGUGGAUUAGAUCUCUUAUUCCCAAAAUUUUCUAUAUAACAGAGAAAGCAUGGAACUAUUAUCCUCACACUACCACAGAAUAUACAUGCUCUUUCUUACCGAGAUUCAUCAUCAAUGUUGAAACAUGUUAUGAGGAUAAUGCAGGAACUAAUGAUAAUGCUUUAAAUCUCAAUGAGGGUCAGCUGAGUGCACGAGAAGUGGAUUUCAUCGACAUUGCCUACGACGAUAUUAGCCCGAAGCAUUACAAAGCAGAGGAGGACUUGAAAACAUGGAAGUCGGAGAUAACCGGAAGAGGCCCUCUUGCACAAGAUUGGAUGAAAAGUGAUUUCCAACCAAUGAUGUGCUCUUACAAGGUGGUUUCAGUUUGCUUCGAGGUCUGGGGUCUCCAAACCAAAGUCGAAGACUACGUCCACCGGGCCAUCCGCGAAAUCCUGUUAGUCGGCCACCGGCAAGCCGUCGCUUGGCUGGAUCAAUGGCUCAACAUGACGGAGAAGGACGUUCGUAAAUACGAAAGUGAGAUGCACACUGUCACGAACGAAAAAGUAUUGUAUCAGCCGACUGUCGUCGCUUCCCCCAUUUCAUCACCAGUAGAUGCCGAUCAGCCAGAAGUGGCUACCCCAACUAGACGUAGUUGGUUUAGUUGGUCGUAGCUGGUGAAGUAUAUCUUAAUUUAUUUAUUUGAAGGAAGUCACUUAUCACAUCGCAAAUGUCAUAAUUAUCAAGUUAUCACCCUACUAGUGUAGUGUAUAGUAUUGCGUCUGUUGCUGUAAUUGCAUUUGUGUAAACUGUGAAAGCUUUUGUUUGAAAACUUGAGGAAAAAGAGACUCGACGACAAAUUAAUCCUUUGCUCUGCUCUAAAGAUUUACCAAAUGGCUAAAGGUCCAAAGAGCCCGUCCCUCGGAAGUAGGUACGUGAAAUUCUUAAAGAGUAACGUACCAUCAUUCACUCUCGGUUGUGAUUCAAUAAUGAGGCUAACGCACAUAUACUUAUAAGAAUAUGAUGUUGUCAUAGUCCUUGUUUUCAAUGUCCUGGUUACUUGUUUAAUUUCUGAGUUCCUUUCACCAAAAUAUCUUCUGAUUGUUAUUUGUUUUUUGUUGAUUCAAUUUUCCCUUUGUUUUUUGUUCAUGAAUUAAGGUGGUUAGUAUUUUGAACUUUAUUAAUGAUGUAUUGUAUACAUUACGUAUUAUUAUAGCAGUUUCCGAUGUACAAGCCUGUAUGCUUUAAAUCUCUAGGAGCUUAUUGUCUUGAGCGUGUUAACAUUUGUGAAAUGUCAAACAUUCAACUUCGUCGUUCGCUUUCCUUUCGAUUGAACAGCCCGACAUGUGUCUUGCCUUGUUAGCUUUAUUUUUGAAAAAUCAGAAGUGACGUUGCAUUUAUAAUGUCUCCGCUGAUUAAAUUAAUUGAUGUCAUGUAUAAGAGAAAUCAGAAAAGUAUCUAGUUUAAAAUUUCUUUAUUAAUAUUAUUAAGAAAUAAAUAGACAUUAGCAUAAUUGGAACAUGAAAAUGUUUGAUUUAGAUUUGUUUUUGAUUUUGGUUUUUGAUUUUGUUUGUAACGUUGAUUGGCAAAAAUUAACAUAAAUAUUGUGUGAUGUUCCUUUCAAAACAUGUUAACGAGUUUGAAAAUAGAUACUGGGCAAGUGUA